ACAGCGCCAGCCAGUAGUGCUCAGCUUGCGCACACUGCUUGAGUUAUUCGAGGCCGAUUGUAUUACGUUUUGACGCAUAAAAUCCGUACAGUUUAUGCGGGUAAUGAUCGAUUCGCGUAAAUUAUUUUCACAUACGUUUAAUUUUACCAUAAGUACAGUGAAAUAUCAUCGUGCAUAUAGUAUGUCAGUGCUAUUAAUGGAAUCGAUCACAUUAAAGGUUUUAGAUUAAAUGCGUCUCUUUCUAUAGGUAGUAUUUAUCAUAUGCUGAUAAAAUGUGAAAACCUUUUAACGGUUUUUAUUGAUUUAAUCAAUAAUCGGGUAAGGAGUGUUUUGUGCAAAAAAAAUAUUUAUAAAGUGUAUAUGUCAGUCAUGAGCAACUAUUUAUUUUGCAUUUAAUAUUUCUCGUGAUGCCUUCAUACAGUCAAGAAAUUAACGUGAAUGUCAAUUCAAAUGACGAUAAUGCCUUCAAGGUUAAAAAAAAAGAAAACAAUGAUCAAGUAAAAUGUGUAGCUACAGACGUAGCCAACAACGGUGUCCCAGACGGCCUCAACGCCGAUCAAAGGCUAGCUUUUGCUUUGAGGGAUUUUUUAGGAACUGCAAACAUGGUUCCAGCCGAAGACGGCCCAUCUCUAUCCAAUAUAGAACAGCAAAUGCCUUUUAUCGAUGAAACUGUGGAUAUGGAAGAACGUAUGCAGUCGGAAGAGGAACCGCCCCAGAAUCAUGAAACUGACGAAGUUUUAAACAAUGCAGCAUGCCGACUACGGAGAUGGCGGGCAGCAUCUAGAAAACUUCGACGACCUCGCAUCAUUAACAAUUUAAGUACAGAAGAUGAGUGUAAUGGUGUUGUGAAAACGUUUAACGGCGGACAUACGGAUCUUGCGGACCGCUUACGAAGCUUAGCUGCGGCAAGUAACAUGUCUGCAUCAGCUGGCGAGUUGCUAUCAUUGGCGCCGCCACCUUCCGCUGCCACUGCACCGCCCUCUCCUGGGUGUUUACUUACACCUUCGUUAGCUGAUCAAAGCUGUGCAGAAUAUUUUGGAUCCAGUCCAGAAUGUUGCGCUGACAGCAGCGGCUUGAAAAGUUACAAUGUAGCGGGAGUCCCGUUGCCACCGCCAGGACCACGGUAUAAGCUGGCGACGGAAGGAGCCCUCAGAGUUUGCUGCUUCCAGCACACUAGAACUGUCGUGGACAAGAUACUCGGUGCUAAAUUCUUUAGAAGAUGGGAGACUCAUAUUCUCUCCCUUCUCGAAGAUCACGUUGUAUCGAAAACUCCUAUGGGUUUACUUGAACGUCCGCUAUCUUAUAGCUGCAUGCAAGAGGUCUAUUGCAUUUCCCGCUGGGAUCCAGCAAGGAAAUACUGUUUACGAAUCGUAAUGCCCCAUGGUUCACUUCUAUUACAGGCAAAUGACGCGUAUACACGGGACCAAUGGUAUUACUCAAUUGUAUGGAGAAGAAAUAUGAUAAGAUAUCGCAAUUUCUUAACAAAAUCUGUCAGGAAAGAAGUAGUGCUGAAAGAGCUUAAGAACAUGGUGGAUUUCGUGAUGACAACUCCUCUGCAAGAUGAGAGUGUAACACGUGCACCUCUACAAAUUCUUACUGACUUACUGUCAGAGAAUAAAGAUGGUCAAGAUUGGGAAGAAUGGGCGGAAAAUGUAACCAGCGUAGCUGCACCGUUGCUGGCAGAGCGCUGUGUGAACGGCGACCUUUGCGCACUACUCGCACGGCUGUGUAGGCAGAGGCCGCGUUCGGCACCGCUGCCUGCGCUGGCACCGCCAGUCCGUCGUGUUUUAACCAGGAAUGUAGACUUCGGUAAAGCACCAACUGCUCGUCAAUUCGUCAGAGAUUAUAUAAGCGCUCUCAGCGCACACAACUCCGGGAAGAAUCUCGUGCGGAGGUUCGUGCAAGUCACGCAUGGUAGCGGCGCCGUAUGCCCACAUCCACGAGCUGCGCCUAAUCUCGCGUCCGUCGCACUCGCCGCGAUCGACGACCGCUAUCGCGAAGACCGUUCUCCUCAUCGCUGCGACGAUAGUGAGCUGGAGGUGCUCUGUUUUGCAGACAUACUAGAGCACAUGUCUGAGUACGAUGACUGGCUAAUCGUCGUCGGGGGGGUACUUCAGCCUGUACCUUUUAGCGCCGGCGCCAUGAAAUGCCCGCGAGUGGGCGCGUGCCUGGGCGGCGUGCUGGCGCGGCUGGCGGCGGACGCGCGCUGCGCGGCGCACGCGUGCGUGGCGCCCGCCCGCGCCGCUCGCCCGUGCCCGCCCUCUUGGUUGCGCGUCGCUGCCCCUUCGGAUCCUUCGCUUUCACUGCCACAUAAGCAACUCUGCCAACUUUGGGGAGAUAUGUUAAAAUCUCUCCUCGCCUGUUGCUGUAAACGAAAAAGUUUCCUUCAAAGCAUGAGCAAGCAUUUACCCGAUUUCGUAAUAGUGGCCCUCACUGAACACCCGGCAGCACUAGAAGCAUUAUGUCUUAUGCUAGAAUGGGAAGUUGCUAGUGGCGAACAAACGCAGCUUGAAAUUAUAGCCGCAUUGCAAGGAACUGAACUGGGCAAGCGGUAUUACAAAGAUUUGUGUGAACGCCAACAAACGCUACAAAGAUUGCAGGCUCAGGGAGGUCCACGUCGGCUGGCGCUGCCGGUACGCGCGACGGACGCGGACGUGGCGGCUCUGCUGGACGCCGGCGCGCUCGGCAACCUCGAGUGUCUCAGCCUGGCUUUCACUAGCGUCACCAGCGCGUGUGCUCAUCAUUUGAUAAAGUUACCAUCACUGCGUUAUUUAAAUUUAUGGGCAACGAAGUUUGGCGAUACCGGCGUACAACUCAUAGCUGAACAUUUGCCACGUCUGCAAGUUCUUAACCUCUGUGAAACUCCUGUAUCCGACAAGGGAAUCGAAGCAUUGUCAGGGCUAUCGAGUUUAAGGAGAUUAAAUUUGAACAGCACAAAGCUGUCAGCGGAAGCCUUUGAAAUACUACGACAAAGAUUGCCUCAACUGCAGGAGUACGACAUCCGAUAUACUGAGGCGUGGUGACAGCGAGCUCCGACGUGCAGGUCCAUGUCCUUUCACACCUCGAUAUAAAUUGGCUUAUAAUUGUGUUAAGUGUUCAUAUUGAUACUAUCAAACCUUAGGUUUUUCUAUUUCAGUAUAUUUACUAAAUUUUUUAAAAUUAAGUUUAUAAAUGUUCAAACUCACUAUAAAAUAUAAAUAUUAUCCUUUAAAAUUACUACACUUAGUCAUACAUUCAUAUUACUAUUAUGCAUUAGUUCAGUAUGAGAUAUACAAUAAUAAUCGUCUGAAACAAUCUGAAAUGUUAUCUCUAUUAAGCUUAAGAACAUUUUAAAUCAACUGUACUUGUUCGAGAUAAGGCAUAAUAUGAAUUAUAUUAAUAGUUUUGAAUCAAAUACGCAUUAACAAUUUAAUAUACUAUCAUAAAUAACAUUAAGUGAAUAAAUAAAGUGUAAAUUCUGUGAUUAUUUCAUACAUAUAUAUAUAUAUAUAAUAUAAAUUCUUCACCCACCUACCUAUAUCAAACUUAAAUAUUGUAUAUUAAAAUUGUAGGUAUUUUAAGCGUAUCUACAAAUCAAAACCUUCAUAAUAAGCCUAAUACUAAUUAGUUAUUAAUUAAUAUCACUUUUAAUUGUAUUUCAAAAACCAUCAAUUAAAAUUAAGAUGGAAAUGUUAUAAAUAAACAAACUUAUAUAAAUUAUUGAUAAUGAACGGUACACAUAUAUUAAGUUACAAUUGCAUUUAGGAUAAUUGUACCUAUAUUCUAUCAGUGUAAUUUAUUUGUUAUGUCUUCACCUUGAAUAAGUAUAUUUUAUUAGCAAUAAUUCAAACCGGAUGCUGAAACAUGUAGAUAAUAGAUUAAAAUUUUGACAUUUUAAGAGUAGGUGGGAUCGUAUAACUUCAUAAUGUCUUAUUACAUAUUUAUACUCAUAAACCUAAUUUUAGUAUCUUCGGAAAUACUCACGAUUCCAGUCUAGUUGAUUUUUUUUUAAUUAUCUUUAAUUUUGUAAUUAUUUAUUGUAUCAUUUGAAAAUUAUUAUCAUUUUAAAACAUCUACGCAAGUAAUAAAGAAACUUUAAACUUGUGUUAGGCUUAAAUUUUUUUAACCAUUUAUAUAUAUUCACAAUUAACUCUCACAAUUAUUCUUUCAUUUAUUAAAUUAAUCUUAUACUCUACAUAAUAUGCAUUUAUUUUUUAUACAUUUAUUGUAUCAGUCGACCUGUCUUUAAUCAUUUUAAAACGAUUAUUUAAAAUUUCCCACCUUGUAAUUGUAGGUAGAGAAGGUGCAAGAUGAAGAAAACAUUUUUCAUCAACUAAUUAUCCAAAGAUGGAAAUUAUUUUAUAAAAUGACAAAGUAAUUUAUAGUCAUUUGCAGUAUAAUGAAUACGCUUAAAUAUAAGUAUUGUUAGUUUAAGGUCGUUAAGGUCGACAGGGCUGUGAGAAUGUAUGAGAGGCGUAGAUAGUUGAAUAUAAAUGUUGUCGAUCGUGUGUCGUGUAGAUGAUAAGUUUAGAAUUACUUGUAGAUAAAUGAGGACACAUCGAAUUUAAUUAUGUACCUAACAAUUCGAUGCGAGCUUCUUCACUUUACAUUAUAAGAAACAAUUUAAAGAUCUCAGUGUCCUCAAUUAAAAUGUCUCAUUUGAUGUUUGCUAGGAAGAAUUAAUAUGAAUUUUCGAAUGUUAAUCAUGUUUUCCGUUAAAUUAAUCUGAAUAAGCUUACACUCUCUGUUAUUUUUAAUUAUAUAGCUCUAAUUAUUGUCUUUAUGUAUCUUAGUUAUAAUUAUUGAAUAAGAUUGUAAUGGCUGGUGGAAAUGUGGCCAAUGUAUUAUAAUUUCUUGUGCACACUUAGAUUUAUUGAAAUUAUAAUUAUUCAUAAAGAGGUUAAGACUUAAUGACUUUUAAAUAAAAGUUCAUAAUUAUAAU